CAGGAAGCUCCUGCCACCCCGCCCCGCCUGCCCUUCCUCACUGCCCCGGUGGCAUCCUCGGCUGAGACAGGAUGGAGAAGCUUCUGGUCUCCUGCCUGUGCCUGUGCGUGGCUGUGCUGGCCCUCCUGCCCUGCCCGAGCCUGGCACAGUAUGACAGCUGGCCCUACUACCCCGAGUACUUCCAGCAGCCGGCCCCCGAGUACCACCAGCCUCAGGUGCCCGCCGACGUGGUGAAGAUCCAGCUGCGCCUGGCCGGACAGAAGAGGAAGCACAACGAGGGCCGCGUGGAGGUGUACUACGACGGCCAGUGGGGCACCGUGUGCGACGACGACUUCUCCAUCCACGCCGCCCACGUCGUGUGCCGGGAGCUGGGCUACGUGGAGGCCAAGUCCUGGACUGCCAGCUCCUCCUACGGCAAGGGGGAAGGGCCCAUCUGGCUGGACAAUAUCUACUGCACUGGCAAAGAGGCGACCCUCGCAGCCUGCUCCUCCAACGGCUGGGGCGUCACUGACUGCAAGCACACAGAAGAUGUUGGUGUGGUGUGCAGUGAGAAAAGGAUUCCUGGGUUCAAAUUUGACAAUUCGUUGGUCAACCAGAUAGAGAACCUGAACAUCCAGGUGGAGGACAUCCGCAUCCGCGCCAUCCUCUCAGCCUACCGCAACCGCGCCCCAGUGACGGAGGGCUACGUGGAGGUGAAGGACGGCAAGCACUGGAAGCAGCUCUGCGACAAGCACUGGACAGCGAAGAACUCCCGCGUGGUCUGCGGCAUGUUUGGCUUCCCCGCGGAGAAGACGUACAACGCCAAAGUGUACAAGAUGUAUGCCUCGCGGAAGAAGCAGCGCUACUGGCGGUACUCCAUGGACUGCACAGGCACGGAGGCCCACAUCUCCAGCUGCAAGCUGGGCCCCCCGGUGUCGCGGGGCCCCAUGAAGAACGGCACCUGUGCGAAUGGGCUGCCAGCUGUGGUGAGUUGUGUGCCUGGCCAGGUCUUCAGCCAGGAUGGACCAUCGAGAUUCCGGAAAGCCUACAAGCCAGAGCAGGACCGUGUGUCUCUUCAGCAACCCCUGGUGCGAUUGCGAGGUGGCGCCAGCAUCGGGGAGGGCCGCGUGGAGGUGCUGAAGAAUGGAGAAUGGGGAACCGUCUGCGACGACAAGUGGGACCUGGUGACAGCCAGUGUGGUCUGCAGAGAGCUGGGCUUUGGGAGUGCCAAAGAGGCGAUCACUGGCUCCCGGCUGGGGCAAGGGAUGGGCCCCAUCCACCUGAACGAGAUCGAGUGCACAGGCAACGAGAAGUCCCUCAUAGACUGCAAAUUCAACGCUGAGUCUCAGGGCUGCAACCACGAGGAAGACGCUGGCGUGAGAUGUAACAUCCCUGCCAUGGGCUUUCAGAAAAAGGUGCGCCUGAGUGGAGGCCGCAAUCCCUACGAGGGCCGGGUGGAGGUGCUGGUGGAGAGGAACGGGUCCCUCAUCUGGGGGACAGUGUGUGGCGAGAACUGGGGCACCGUGGAGGCCAUGGUGGUGUGCCGGCAGCUCGGCCUGGGAUUCGCCAGCAACGCCUUCCAGGAGACCUGGUAUUGGCACGGAAAUGUCUUCGACAACAAAGUGGUCAUGAGUGGAGUAAAGUGCUCGGGAACGGAGCUCUCCCUGGCUCACUGCCACCACGAUGACGAGGAGUACGUGACCUGCCCCCAGGGCGGGGUGCAGUACGGGGCAGGAGUCGCCUGCUCAGAAACCGCGCCUGACCUGGUCCUCAAUGCUGAGAUAGUGCAGCAGACCACCUACCUGGAGGACCGGCCCAUGUUCAUGCUCCAGUGCGCCAUGGAGGAGAACUGCCUCUCGGCCUCGGCCGCCAAGACCGACCCCACCACGGGCUACCGCCGGCUCCUGCGCUUCUCCUCCCAGAUCCACAACAACGGCCAGGCUGACUUCCGGCCCAAGAAGGGCCGCCACGCGUGGAUCUGGCACGACUGCCACAGGCACUACCACAGCAUGGAAGUGUUCACCUACUAUGACCUGCUGAACCUCAAUGGCACCAAGGUGGCAGAGGGCCACAAGGCCAGCUUCUGCUUGGAGGACACAGAAUGCGAAGGAGACAUCCAGAAGAGCUACGAGUGUGCCAACUUUGGCGAGCAGGGCAUCACCAUGGGCUGCUGGGACAUGUACCGCCAUGACAUCGACUGCCAGUGGAUCGACAUUACUGAUGUACCCCCUGGAGAUUACCUGUUCCAGGUUGUCAUUAACCCCAACUUCGAGGUUGCAGAAUCCGAUUACUCCAACAACGUCAUGAAGUGCAGGAGCCGCUACGACGGCCACCGCAUCUGGAUGUACAACUGCCACAUAGGUGGCUCUUUCAGCGAAGAGACAGAAAAGAAGUUUGAGCACUUCAGCGGACUCAUAAAUAACCAGCUCUCCCCGCAGUAAAGAUGCCUCCGUGGGCUGGGUGCUGGCUCACGCCCGUAAUCCCAGCACUUUGCGAGGUCGAGACGGGA